AUGGGCCUCGGUAAAGUAUCUAUCAAGCUGCGUGGUGCAGAGGUCGGCAUUGAGGCCAUCAUGCUAGGAGUUGUCACGUCGAUAGGUGGCUUCCUGUUUGGAUACGACACUGGUCAGAUUUCCAGUAUGCUGUUGUUCAGAGACUUCAAAGAACGAUUCGGUCAGUACCGAGACGCCAAUGGCGAGAUGGCUUUCGACGUUGAGAUCCAAUCUCUGGUCGUCUCCAUGAUGUCCAUUGGUACUCUUGUUGGCGCACUCGCUGGAGCUUACACUGCCGAUUGGUUUGGUCGACGACGCAGUCUGUCCAUUGGUGUUGCUGUCUUCGUGAUUGGUAACAUCAUCCAAAUUACUGCUAUGUACUCCUGGGUCCAUUUGAUGGUUGGUCGUAUCGUGGCUGGUCUGGGUGUUGGUGUUCUCUCCAUCGGUGUACCCAUGUUUCAGUCUGAGUGCUGCCCUCGUGAGAUUCGAGGCGCAGUUGUCGCAUCGUACCAGCUCAUGAUUACCAUCGGUAUCCUCAUCUCGAACAUCAUCAACUACGGUGUUCGCGCCAAUCCCGGAGAGGACACCGACGCUUCCUGGCGGAUUGUCAUCGGUCUUGGAAUCGCAUUCUCUCUUCCUCUUGGUAUCGGUGUCCUUUUUUCGCCUGAGUCGCCUCGUUGGCUCGCUGGUCGCGGUCGCUGGGAGGAAGCGCGCAUAUCGCUUGCCCGUCUGCGUGGAAAGAAGGAUGACCCUAACGACGAAUAUGUCAACGACGAUUUCAAGGAGAUGCAGGAGUCGAUCGCAGAACAGUCCAAGGCCGGCGAGGGUACCUGGGCGGAGCUCUUUACUGGUCAACCUUCCGGCAUUCCCCGUCUUGUAUACCGCACCUUCUUGGGCUGCGCGCUCCAGUUCUUUCAGCAGUGGACCGGUGUCAACUACUUUUUCUACUACGGUGCAACCAUCUUCGAGUCCGCCGGUAUCGAUGAUCCUAUCCAAACCCAGUUGAUCCUUGGUGCCGUCAACGUUGCCAUGACUAUUCCCGGUCUCUGGAUGAUCGAACGUUUCGGCCGCCGUAUGCCUCUCGUCUUCGGUGGUCUCUGGCAGGCGACUUGGCUGCUUAUUUUCGCCAUCAUCGGUAUCGUUCGCCCACCAACUGAGCACUCCGAUUCUGGUAUCGUCAUGAUUGUUUGCGCCUGCAUGUUCAUUGCAUCUUUCGCUUCCACCUGGGGACCUUUCAUCUGGGUUGUCAUUGGCGAGACCUUCCCUCUCCGUACUCGUGCUAAGCAGGCCUCGUUCGCAACUGCAUUCAACUGGCUCGGUAACUUUAUGAUCGGUUUCUUGACGCCCUACGCCAAUGAUGGUAUCGGCUACGCCUUCGGUUUCGUCUUCUUCGGAUGCAACUUCUUUGCCGCGGCCGUCGUCUACUUCUUCGUUUUCGAGACCAAGUCUUUGUCUCUUGAGAGCGUCAAUGACAUGUACAUGGACAUGUCCAUUAAGGCGUCUAGCAGCAAGAGCUGGGUGCCUGCCGGUUACAUCAACCGUGACGAGCGUGACAUGGCCUACUGGCACCGCCGUCCAUCCAUCCUCGAUGAGCGCGCAGGUGCUGCACACGUUCCUAGGUCGGUCGAUGAGAAGCUUGAUGAGAAGGACUCCGAUAGCACUCCUCGCAACAGGUCGAUGCAUCGCGAGACCAUCGGUGACGAUAGAGUGGUUUAA